GUCGGUGAUCUUGUAAUCUGAGAAAUAAUUUUUGUAUGUUAUUUUGAUAUUCUAAAAUUAAUAUUGCUCAGCUUUACAUGUUAGAAUAUGGUAGUUGACUUUGUGCAGUUGGUAAUGUUCAACCCAACUCCAACCCCAACGUAACUCUGAUCCCAUGGAAACAGGCAAGGCAACUUAACUCUAACCCGACUCUAACCCGACUCUGACCCGAUUUGGACCCUCGAUGGAAACGUAGUCAUUGACGACGACUCCGAUGAUCACCACAUUUUUUUUCUCUGAAAGUGAUAGCGUCAAAAUGGUGUCUAAUGUAUUGCUACGUAUAAGUAGCUCGUAAUUCAAAUAUGAUGAUGUAUUAUCGUGGAAGAACGAUUUUUACGCAUGCCUUAAAACAAUUAAACAAUUAUUUUCAAUUAACUACUUCACGUCAUUUUCAAAAUCCUAAUGUAACCGUACUAAGUGCCAACAAAAAUGUGUGUAACAAUCGCAUAGUUUGGUUAGAUAUGGAAAUGACUGGACUUGAUAUAAAUACAGAUUACAUUUUGGAGAUAGCAUGUUUAAUUACAGAUAAGAAUUUACAAGUUAUAAGUAAAGAUUUAAAUAUAGUUGUACAUCAACCAGAUGAAAUAUUAAAUAAUAUGAAUGAUUGGUGUUUACAAACUCAUAAAAAAACAGGAUUGAUUGAUGCAUCACGUUCAAGUAAAAUCACAAUACAAGAUGCUGAACAAGCCAUAUUGGAAUUUUUAAAACUGCAUGUUGAGGAAAAAACAUGUCCAUUAGCAGGAAGUUCAGUUUAUAUGGAUCGUAUAUUUUUAUAUAAAUAUAUGCCAUUAGUCAAUGAUUAUUUGCAUUAUAGAAUCAUUGAUACCACAACUAUUAAGGAGUUAAUUAGGAGGUGGAAUACAGAUAUUCCUGCAUUAAACAAAGAACAUGAUCAUCGAGCAUUAUCAGAUAUAAAGGAAAGUAUAAAAGAACUAGAACUGUAUAAAACACAUAUAUUUGAUAGAUGUACUAGAAAUUGAAAGUUAGUACAUUUUAUAGUAAUAAACUAAGACAAGUACAAAAAAAUAAUAAAUAAAAUAAAUAAUUAUUUUCCAU